GGGAUUUGUUGUUGCUUUUUGUGGAACGACGAGCCAGCAUUGAUGUCGCAUUUUGUCGGCACUUUUUAAAAGUAAAAGUUCGAAAAGUUCAUAUUUUUUUUAGUUAGUUCUAAGUAGUAGUUAUUGUAUCAGAGAAACAGUGUUGUGUGGUAUGGCCAGAGCUAGAGCGGUGGCAGUGAUUCGUUAGUUAUCCGGCUCAGCCGAAACGAUAAAGUGCGAGGUCAGCGGAACUCAAGUGGAACAUCGUGUAGAAAUAAAUAAGCUCUAGGCAGAAGAAGACCGGGAUAGGAGAAAUGUCUGAUCAUGGUUGUGUUCAUUUUGCGGCAUUUGUGAAGGAGUACGGAUUGGAAUCAUUCAGCGUUGUGCACGCUUAUUUCAGCACCUGCAUCAACAAGGAAGCCCGGCGCAGGAAGGCUUUGUCCUGUUUGUGUUACAAAUGUGGUGGUUCUGGACCGCAAUUGUAUUCGUGCCUGCAUUGUAUCUACUUUGGAUGCAAGGGAGCACACAUUAAUGACCACUGCAAGCAGACAAAGCAUUACAUUGUGCUGGAGUUGUGCUACGGGAUGAUCUACUGUUACCAGUGUAAGGAUUUUACCUACGACAGCGAUUGCCAAGCGAUAGCUGAGAAGCACAUUCGGAAAGAGGCCAAAAGCUUGAAUAAGACCUUGUCCUGGAGACCGUGGUCACCUUCAAAGUUGGAAAUAGAAUUGCUGUUGAAAAACCCCAAACGUCGACAUGUGACAGCUUUCACAAGUAUCGGAUUACGAGGACUAUUGAAUUUAGGUUCGACUUGCUUCAUGAACUGCAUCGUUCAAGCGUUAAUCCACACACCACUACUCAGAGACUACUUCUUGUCCGAAAGGCAUGAAUGUACCACGAAAACAGCUGCCAAAUGUCUUGUUUGCGAGGUUUCAAGACUGUUUCAGGAAUUCUACUCUGGUGCCAGAGGCCCUUUGUCCUUGCAUAGACUGUUGCAUUUGAUAUGGAAUCAUGCGCGUCACCUCGCCGGGUAUGAACAACAGGAUGCACAUGAGUUUUUCAUAGCCACACUAGACGUCUUGCAUCGCCAUUGCAAGAUAUCGAUGAACGAAAUCGCCGCUGCGGCAGCGUUGGACAAAUCGAAACAAGCCCAACAACAGGUGCAACAACAGGACAACCCGACUCACUGUAACUGCAUCAUUGAUCAGAUCUUCACCGGAGGCCUUCAAAGUGACGUGGUUUGCCAGGCUUGCAACGGAGUAUCGACCACUAUCGAUCCUUUUUGGGACAUUUCGCUCGACCUGGGCGAAGCACAGAACCAGGGAUACGGUGGCCCUCCGAAGUCGCUGAUUGAUUGUUUGGAACGCUUCACCCGUGCAGAACAUCUGGGUUCCAGUGCGAAGAUCAAAUGUUCCACCUGCAAAAGCUAUCAGGAGUCCACGAAACAACUUUCUAUGCGAACACUGCCAAUUGUCGCUAGCUUCCACCUGAAGCGUUUUGAACAUUCUAGUCUGAUCGACAAAAAGAUCUCGACCUUUAUCUCAUUCCCAUCGGAGUUGGACAUGACCCCGUUCAUGUCGAAAAAGAAGUCUGAACAACAGUCGCCCGGUGCGUCCUCUUCCACCUCUUCGACGAAAUCCAAGUCUUCGGAUCGAAAACACGCAACGGCCGCCGGUAGUAGCAACAGCAGCACAAACGUCACCGAAGAAGACGCCAAUCGGUUGCAGCACGAUACCAGUGAUUUCCGUUACUCGUUGUACGCGGUCAUUAAUCAUGUGGGAACACUAGACGCCGGCCACUACACGGCCUACGUUCGUCACCAGAAGGACAUCUGGGUGAAGUGCGACGAUCACAUCAUAACGACUGCCACCCUUAAGCAGGUGCUGGAUAGCGAAGGCUAUCUACUGUUUUAUCACAAGAAGAUUCUCGAGUAUGAGUAAAUGGAGCAACGAACAGAAUUAAAGAAACGCACACACUUUGUGUGUGUGAUGCGUGGCCAAGCCAAUACAAGGACGAGAGGGAAUCUAAUGCCGGACAAAAGUAAAGGUCGAAGUGCACUAUGCGGCAUCGUCCGCCGGACAUAUUUCAGUCUGUUGUCGAUGUCUGAUGGGUAUAAGGUUAAUUAGGCAAACAUUUAACGUUGGGACAAGAAGCUUAGUGUAAGCUAUCAACUUUUGACGGUGAUCUUGGAUAAGAUUCAACACAACAACAAACUCUCCUACAUCAAACUAUUUUAGUAUGUAUUAGAUUGUAACCAAUACUUAUAUAAUGAAACAAAAAAAAACCUUUGUAAGUGCUGACAA